AAGCCCAAGUUCUGGUUACUUAACCCAAACCGGAUCGGCUAAUUGGGUCUUCUUCCCGGGGAGACCGAAAAUCCAAUGAACGCCCUUUUUCCCGCCACCUGGGUUCCUUGUUCCUUAAAACCCAAGGAGCUGUUGCCCCUAUUGGAGAGAAAACGACCCAAUAGCAUCUUCAACUGUUCUUCCAAUGUUGCAACAAAACACCCACAACUGAAAACAGAAUCUUGUUCUGUUUCAGGGAUUUCAACGGCUGAAGAGACCCUUCUUUUACAUGAGGACUGGCCUCAGCUCCUCAAACUUUCUAUUGAGUCUGAGGACUUCUUGUUGGGUCAGGCAAUUCAUGCCUUUUUAGUCAAGUUUGGUUCGGGAAAUGAUGUGUUUCAGGGCAAUAAUCUUGUUAAUUUUUAUGCAAAGUUUGAGAGAUUGGAUUAUGCGCAUAAUGUGUUUGAUGAAAUGCUCGUUAGAAACACAAUCACUUGGACUACGCUAAUAAAAGGGUAUCUGGAGAAUGAGGAUUUUGAAACUGCGUUUGGGAUUGCUCGUGAUAUGUCUUGUUGUGGAGAGAAGUUUAAUGAGCAUACUUGUUCUGUGCUUUUGCGGGCAUGUAACUCACCUGAUGACCGGAUUUGUGGGGAACAAAUCCAUGGUUUUGUUGUAAAGAGUGGGCUUGAGGAGAAUGUCUUUGUGGGUACUACAUUAAUAUCUAUGUAUUGGAGAAGUGGCUACUUAAACGAAGCAGAGAAAGUUUUUGAUGGCAUUGGCUCCAAGGAUCUUCAGUGCUUAAAUUAUAUGAUUUUGGAAUAUGGGAAUGCUGGAUGUGGAAGGAAAGCUUUUCAGGUAUUUAUUCAUAUGUUAAGUUCUGGUUUGGAGCCAAAUGAAUAUACAUUUACCAAUGUAAUUAAGGCAUGUUGUGAAGAUUUAGAUCUUGAGGAAGGUAGGCAGCUGCAGGGGCUUGCUGUCAAGUAUGGUUUUAUGAGUGUAACCUCUGUCAGAAAUGCUUUAAUUACCAUGUAUGGGAGACAUGGAAUGGUUGAAGAGGCUGAGAUAAUAUUUCAUUUGAUGGGUGAUAGGAAUUUGAUCACUUGGACUGCACUGAUAUCAGGCUAUGUGAGGAGUGGUGAUGGUUAUAAAGCAGCUAAUAAGUUCUUAGAGUUUAUUGACCUGGGAAUUGACUGUGAUUCUAGUUGUUUAGCAACUGUACUUGAUGGCUGCUCAGAAUGCAAGAACUUGGAUUUUGGACUUCAAAUCCAUGGCUGUGUAGUAAAGCUUGGGUAUCUAUGGGAUAUCCAUAUUGGAACAGCAUUAGUAGAUCUAUAUGCGAAAUGUGGGAACUUAAAAUCUGCUAUGAUAGUUUUUAAUAGCCUCUCAAAUAAAACAGUUGCUUUAUUCAAUGCAAUUCUGGUUGGCUUUAUGGAAACAAAUCAAGAUAAUGAAGAAGAUGCCAUGCUUUUAUUUAGUAGGCUGAGAUUGGCUGAUAUGAAGCCAGAUUUAGUAACUUUUUCUCGUCUCAUUAGUUUUUCUGCCAAGCAAGCUUGUUUGGCUAAGGGGAAAAGUCUUCAUGCAUACACCAUUAAAGCUGGAUUUGAAACAGAUAUGACUGUGAGUAAUGCAUUGAUUACAAUGUAUGCUAAAUGUGCCAACUUCGAAGGUGCUUUUCAAAUGUUUAAUUCUAUGAACUGCCAUGAUUCUGUUUCUUGGAAUUCCAUCCUUUCCACAUGUGCUGUUCACGGUCAUGGUGAAAGGGCACUCCUGCUCUUUGAUAUGAUGAAAGGGGAAGGUUUUGCUCCUGAUGAGAUUACUAUACUGGCCAUCCUUCAAGCCUGCAGUUACUCCGGGUUAUGGGAAGAUGGAUUAUGCAUAUUCAGUGAAAUGGUGUCAAAGUAUGGGAUUAAUCCUGUAAUGGUGCACUUUGCUUCAGUUGUUGAUCUUUUGGGUAGGGCUGGUUGUUUGUCUGAAGCCUUGGAUUUUAUUAACAAAUGCCCUUUCUCAGAUUCACCUCUGCUUUGGAGGACUUUGGUCAGCAGCUGUAAGUUACAUGGGGAUCUGGACAUUGGAAAAUUAGCUUCAAAAAAUUUGCUUGACUUGGCACCUGAAGAAGCUGAAUCUUACAUCCUUGUUACAAACAUGUAUGCUGGAUCUGGUUUUCUGGAUGAGGCAGCAAAGGUGAGGACAGCUAUGAAUGAGUUAAAGUUGAGUAAAGAAGUAGGUUGUAGCUGGAUUGAGAUUGAUAAUGAGGUUCAUCAUUUUGUGGCGAGUGACAGGGACCAUGCAGAAAGUAGAGAAAUUUGUGCAACAUUGGAUCUCUUAAGAGAUGAAAUGAAAUGGGAAAAUUCCAAUACAAUUGAUCUUCUUGUUGAAACUUGAAACUGUAUAGGUAGAUGGAGAAACAGAAUUACCAAUGUUUUAAACUUUAAUUUUCUACGGAACAUGCUUCCAGGCAUGUUUAUAUUAAAAUCUCCAUGCUUAAGUGGAGGGUGGCUGUUGCCCAUUGGGAUGUCUCUAUUGGGUUAUAGUGUUACUGGAUUACGAUACUUUAAGAUUUAGAAAGGUGCAGAUAUUCUGGAGCCAUGGGAAAUGACCACAUCUCAGCAGGGUUAAGGCAAAAGGUGGAUUCAGCCAAGUUGUAGAAGACAAGAGGUGGAUUGCCAGUCCUGGAACCUCCUUACCGUAAGUUUUCUUAUAUUUUACCUGAAUAAAAUAAGGAUCCUACUAGACAUUUUAGGUUUGGCCAUUGAGGAAACAUAAUAUUUUCAUAUUGUAAUUUAGACUGUUAGUAAGUACUGAGAUAUGAGAUGAUAGGAGAAAGCAAUCCGUAAGUAGUCUUCUGUUACAAUGGAUAAAGUUUAACAUCUCAC